CGGAAGGUUUCAAAAUUUGAGGUUAUGUUGGUUUGUUUUUGUUUUGAAAAUUAUAUUUUUAUUUUAGUUUAGUUAGUUAGAUUAUAAAGAAACGGAGCAUACCGUACAGCCAAAUACAAAAAUGAUAAGACAUUUUAUGAAGUUCUGCUACGUUCCCAACACUUUGUUAACCAUAAGUAAAGUUACAUCCAUAAGAACUUUGCACUUGCAACUUCCAGUUUGUUCAAUACUGCUGAAAGUUCCAAACUACAACAUCCAAAGUAUUCAACCAAAAAGUAAGACACCCAAAAAGAAUCAAGAAGUUAUCAGUGACACGGACUCCUAUGAAGAAGACGCCUACGAAAUCCAGGAUAAAAACACCAAACUUAUGAACUUAAAUGUUACUUCCUUACGUGUCGAUGCUGUUUUGAAAAGUGCCCUUGGUGUAGCUAGAAAUAAAAUCGAAACGCUAUUUUACGAGAGCAAAAUAAGAGUUAACGGCAAGAAAAUUGCUAAGAAAGGCGGAACAGUUUAUCCAGGAGAUGAAAUUGAUGUUAUAAAAGGACCCGAUCUAAAAAAUCCGAAUUUCAUUAUUGUUGCAAGGGUUGAAAUAUUGUCCAUAAAAGCUGCAGAAGAAAGUAUCAAUAUUAAAGUGAGAAGGUGCAAGUCAUUACUUAUAGAAGCUUAUGAAAAUCAAGAUACAUGAUGAUGAUUAUGUGAUUGAACUUAUUAGCAAUUAGGUACACACUACUACCCCAAUAUUGAUUCAGCAUUCAAUGGACUUAUGUUUUCACCUGUAUCUUCUCUAGGAGAGUCUUUAUGUCUUUAUAGCUAAAUGUAUAAAUUCUCUUAGCAAUAGCUUACUGCUACAUACUUAUACCUGGGGUAGUAGCAAGUGGUUCGUUUUGUAAAUAGCUUCUAGCCCAAUAAAUAAAAUACUUAGUUUGUUAUUUUCUUGUUUUAAAAUGGAAGGCUGUUGAAAUAAAAGAAUUUUUUAAAAUACUUUAUUUUUAUUUU